AUGGAGUGGGAGAAACUACAAAAAGGGAGUUUGAAAUUCAAUGUCCACGGGGCAGCGAGAGGAUGUCCAAGGCCAGCGGGAGUAAGAGGUAUUUUGAGAGAUUCGAGUGGAGAGGUGAAGGUUAUUUUCUCAAAGAGUAUUGGCACAGCAGAUUCUAAUCUUGCUGAGAUUUUGGAAAUAAGGGAGGCUUUUCUUAUUUUUUUAGCUUUACAGUGGAGAGAGCACCAACAGCUUAUCAUCGAAAGUGAUUCAAGUAACGCUGUUAAGUGGACUACAGGUGUAAGUAUAGCACCGUGGAAAAUGAGAAAAUGGCUACUUCAAAUGGAGAGAAUGAAAAAAGGCUUGUUUGGUUGGGAGAUAAGGCAUGUUUUGAGGGAGGCAAACCAAAGAGCUGACACUCUCGCGAAAGGAGUCCUACUGCAAGCAGAUAUUGUUACAGCCCUUUCUGGGGGUGUUUGCCUGCUGUUCUUGUGUUCCUUCUCACUUGCAGGGCUGGUUGUUCUUUAA